UUCCUCGCAUAAUGAUUUUAUUAAUGUAAAUACAUUUAGUUGUGUAAAUAGUAGUAGAAAUAACUUGAAUUAACACAGUGCAUUGAGAAAAUUACAAAUAAAUUUUAACUAAGUGAAAGCUUUCUCCUGAUUGAUGAAUGUGAUCUGCUAAUUAAAUAAGAAGACUGAACAUUGAAGUUGUUCCCUGACGUUUCAGUCAUGUUUGUGUCCAAGACUGGCAUCAAGGUGGAUGACAUACCCAUCUUGACAAAGCAUGAUAUAAGAAGCAAAGUUUGGGGAUAUAUUGAAGAACAUGACUUGGCCAAUUUCCCUCGUCCAGUUGACCACCGUAUCCCCAAUUUCAAGGGUGCAGGUGAGGCAGGGCAGCGUGUUCGUGACCUGCAGUGCUUCACAGCCGCUAAGACAGUCAAAGUCAAUCCAGACAAGCCUCAGGAAGAAGUGAGGUUUUUCGUAUUAGAGGCCGGCAAAACACUGCUGAUGCCCACACCACGUCUCCGCAGUGGACUCUUUAACCGCAUUGAUGGCAAUCCAUCAGAAAACAAGGAGACCUUAAGAACCAUGGCAAGCACAGAGGGAAUGAAGAAGUUCUCAAAACCUGUGGAUCUUGAGGCAGACAUUAAGGUUGAUCUCAUUGUAAUUGGGUCUGUGGCAGUCUCGCGCACAGGUCGAAGAAUUGGGAAAGGUGAAGGAUUUGCUGACCUUGAAUAUGGCAUGAUGAAAGCCAUGAAGGCAGUUGAUGACAACACUCUUGUUGUUACCACAGUGCAUGACUGCCAGCUGUUUGAUACCCUGCCCGACCGGCUCUUCGGCCCACAUGAUGUGCCAGUGGACUUCAUUGUAACCCCAACAGAAGUGUUCCAGGUUUCACAUCGUUUGCCUAAGCCAGAGGGAAUCUACUGGCACCUUUUGUCUCCAGAGAAGCUAAAACAGGUUCCAAUCUUGAAAACACUUCGGGAAAAGGAGCGAGAGGCUGGAAAAGAUGUGACUCUCACAGAACUAACUGAGGAACAAAAGGCAGCCAAUAGUCGUGGUCGUGGUGGGGGCCAAGGAACCAGAGGCAGAGGCAGAGGCCGAGGCCGAGGAGGUGGCCGAGGAGGAGGCAGGACUUUGUCAGAGGGAGAAGACAAUAAAGGCCAGAAGAACAUUCAAGAUGGAUCUGUUACAAUCAAUGUCAGCAAGAAGAACCGAAUAGUGAAGAGAACAGUGGAAGCAACGAAUGAGCAGGACCGCCUUGGUUCAGCUGACCUGGACAAUGAGAACCAGGGGGGGAAGGGUCUCAAGACUAGAAAGCCUCGGAAUCCAUUCACAUAUGCAGUGUUCCUUGGUAAAGUUCCUCCAGCCUGUAGAGUGCGUGAGCUCAAAGAAGCCCUGCAAGGUCGAGAUGUGAGGCCCAUUGACAUCACUUGGCGUGGAAGGAAUGGAUUUGCCUUCCUGCGAUUCACGGGCCCUGUAGAAGAGUGUGAUGACGUCCUCACAAAACUGGAGGGCCUCACACUACAAGAGCAGCCUUUGCUGAUCCAGCGUGCCAAGGAUAAGAUGGUGAUGAAGGACAACGAAAAUACAGGAACGAAGGAAAUCAUUGAGGGAGAAGGUCAGAACCGCAAACGUCAACAGCCUAAGAAGCCACGUAUUGUGUACACCUAUGGCAUUUUCCUUGGCAAGGUUCCAUCAACCUGCAGAGUGCGUGAGCUCAAGGAUGCUCUCCAGAACCGAAAUGUUCAGCCAAUGGACAUCACAUGGCGAGGCAGAAGUGGAUUUGCCUUCCUGCGUUUCACUGGCCCUGUUGAAGAGUGUGAUGACAUUCUCACAAAACUGGAGGGCCUCACUCUCCAGGAGCAGCCUGUUCUGGUUGAGAAGGCAAAAGACAAGGGCGAUGAACAGCACCUGUCUGAGCCUCAGCAGCAGCAGCAGCAGCAGGAGCUGGAGCAAAAGCAGGAGGCACCAGUCGUCGAGGGGGAGGCUAGGUGAAGCCCCAGUAUUUCUUAAAGAAUGGGGUAGGGCAUUAAUGUUCUUAUUUUUCUCUUGCUAAUUUGUUUUGAAAUAUCCUGUUCUCUUUUGAUUUGGAUUUUUUUUCUCUCUUUCCUAAUUAAUGCUUUUCUACAUCUUGGACUAGAUAGUCUAUUGCAUUUCAUAAAAAAUAAUAUAUGCCAUAGUAUCACAUACUAUAAGGACCAUUAUCAUGGAGUUUUAUGUUUAUUUACUUCUAUGCUGAGUAUCAGCUGGCACGACACCAGUGAGUAAGAGAAAUAUUAAUUAGUCAGCAAGAGUAACAUGUGGUAUGUAGCUCAUCCUUAGUCACUAUAGUCUUAACUAUAAAAAGAAAAUAAAAGUUUUUUAUUUUGUCUUUUUGAUAAAAGUGAUUUCUAUUUAUAGAAAGUAGUACAUAUUUAUGAUUUUUAUUAUUUCUUAGGCUAAUUAUCUAUGCCAAGAAUUAGUUUAGUGAUUUUUGUAAAUCUUCAUCGACAGGUAACUUAUCAGGAAACACUGGCAGUUCAGAGCUUAACAUUUCAGCAAAUUUUGUUGCUUUUCUUCAACAGAGGUUGGAGAUACAAGUGUCAUGAAGAAAUUUAUCACUUAUUUGAUGUUUAUUUUUGUAUGUGAUCACCUGACCAUAUACUCAUACGUUACCUGUCAUUACUUUAAGGGCAAUCAAAUUAUCCAGAUAAAAGAUGCAGAUUUAUGAUUAUGUGGAUUUACUAAAACUUGAUCAGUGUUAGAAAUGGAAAGAUUGCAGUUCAUGUAUUUCACACAUAAGAUAUGAAUCAAUUCCUUUAAGGAAUUUGUCAGAACUAGUCAUGUUUGUGCAUUUUAUUGUUCAAGGUUGCACCAGUUUCAUGUAUUCGGUGAUUUGAUUGGAAGCACUUAAGAAUGAAUAUGUAAGAACAGGGUUUUGAUCUAUUUCGAUGUUGCAUAUGCUCUCUUCUGAAGUUAAAUAGCCAGUAAAUGUGUUUCUUUGCAAGGUCUUUCCAUUAUAUAACUGAUGUCAUUAAUGCAUCUUAACACUUCUAAGGAAUGGUAAAAGAAAGUUAAUUUUUUAAAUAGUUUUGAACGUGACAAACAAUAUGGCUGGAUAAUCUUUGGUCGUGUUAGGUGGUCACACUGUAUCAAGGGUUUUGUUAGCUUAAAUGUAAAAAUUUUAUAUCAAGCAUUGUUGUUAAUUGAUUAGAGGUGAUACAAUAGAGUGCCUGAGUAAUCUACUCUUGUAACAGUGGUAUGCAAAUACCAUUUUGUCUACAGAUGAUUGUAGCUUUUAUAAGAUAAGGAAUUUGGAGUUUCAUUUAUUUUACAUCAACCAAUGUUGUGAGGAAAAAUAAAAUUAUUGUAAUAUAA